GUGGCCCAAGAUAAAGAUGAGCUAACAGCAAUGAAGAUCACACAUUUAGUGAACUGUUGCGAAGGGAACAGGUACAAUCAGGUGAACACCAAUCAAGAGUACUAUAACGAUGUCAACAUUAAAUACCAUGGUAUACCAGCUCAAGAUGUUGCUACAUACAGAAUCUGUGAUGAAUUCCAAUCAGCUGUCGAAUUUAUUGAUGAGGCCUUAAAAAGUGGUAAAGUGUAUGUACAUUGUCAGAUGGGAGUGAGCCGUUCAGCAACGAUUGUUAUCGCGUAUUUGAUGGCCAAGUGUGGAAUGGAUCUGAUGCAUGCUACUCGCCACUGCCGGCACCGCCGUGAAAUCUUCCCCAACUCAGGCUUCCUCAAGCAACUCUGUGAUCUCAAUAAAAAUAUUUACGGCGAAUAA